GACUUUUAAUCAAACCGGAAGUAAAGCGCUUCCUGGUUGCCGUUGCAAGUCUAGCUAGUCACUAAACCGGUGACUAACUAAAAUGGAUUUUUACAAUUUUAUAGCAAUAUGUGCAUGUAUUCAUUUGCUUGUUUUCAUGCCACAUGUAUACAGUAAUUAUGUUGAGAAACAAGCUGGACAGUUUUUCAGCAGUGGCCACACCAACAACUGGGCAGUCCUCGUCUGCACAUCUAGAUUCUGGUUUAAUUAUCGGCAUGUGGCGAACACGCUGUCAGUAUACAGGAGCGUAAAGAGACUGGGCAUUCCAGACAGUCACAUUGUGCUGAUGCUAGCCGAUGAUAUGGCCUGUAACUAUAGAAACCCCAAACCAGCCACUGUGUUCAGUCAUAAGAAUAUGGAGCUCAAUGUGUAUGGAGACGAUGUGGAGGUGGAUUACCGUGGAUAUGAGGUCACAGUAGAGAACUUCCUGCGAGUUCUGACAGGGCGUCUUCCCCCCAGCACCCCUCGAUCCAAACGUCUGCUAUCAGACGACCGCAGCAACAUUCUCAUCUACCUGACAGGUCAUGGUGGAAAUGGCUUCCUGAAGUUCCAGGAUUCUGAGGAGAUCAGCAACAUGGAGCUGGCUGAUGCUUUUGAGCAGAUGUGGCAAAAGAGGAGGUACAAUGAGUUGUUGUUCAUCAUAGACACGUGCCAGGGGGCAUCCAUGUAUGAGAGAUUUUACUCGCCGAACCUCAUGGCCCUGGCCAGCAGCCAAGUGGGAGAGGACUCGCUCUCACAUCAGCCUGAUUUGGCAAUUGGGGUCCAUUUGAUGGACAAGUACACUUUCUACUUACUGGAGUUCCUGGAGGAAGUCCACCCUGCUAGUCAAGCCAACAUGAAUGAUCUGUUUAAGGUGUGCCCGCAGAGUCAGUGUGUGUCCACUCCAGGUCACCGUACUGACCUGUUCCAGAGAGAUCCAGGGAGUGUCCUCAUCACUGACUUUUUUGGAAGUGUUCGUAAAGUGGAGAUCACCAAGGACACUAUCAAUCUGACAUCCCCUUUAGAGCUGCCAAUGCAGAGGUCUAGAAGUAGCGAUCUACAGAUCGAAUCAUUGACGUAUGUGGACCAACUUCCAGUGGCUGAAAUUAUUCAUCAGAAACCCAAGCAGAAGGACUGGCACCCUCCUGAUGGCUUCAUUCUGGGGCUCUGGACUCUAAUCCUGCUGGUGUUCUUCAAGACCUAUGGCAUCAAACAUCUCAAACACAUCUUCUGAUCUCACAGAGGUCAAAGAACCUCCAGUGUCUGUGUCUUCUCUUUCAUAAAAGAGUCCACCAUAACUUUCUUUAUGAUUGAUUUGGUCAGGAAUAGGUUAUUUAUUUUUUGAUGCAAGUUUGUUUUCUUUGGGUUUUACUGUGUAUCAUUUUUUGAAAGUGACAUGCACUGACUUGAGUUGAAACAUUCUUUGUUGUUUGUAGCUCUGUAGUGAAAUCCAUUUGAAUUUCAACCAGUGACUUUCUUUUGAACUAAACGCACACAAACAGCUUGCAGGGAGAAGCAUACUUCUUGUUUGUUGGUUUGUUUCUUCGUUUUUUGGUACUUUAAUUUCCAGUUAUAGUUUCAUCUUUUCAGUAUGAAAGCUUGUUUCUGCCUAGGAAUUUUUUUUUCUUUUCAUAAUUGUGGCUUUUUUUUUUUUAUCUCGCAGUUUUGACUUUUUUUCACAAUUGCAAGAUAUAAACUCACAAUUCUGACUUUUUACUGACUAUGUUUGUUUCUAUCUCACAAUUCUGACUUCUUUUUUCAGAAUUGUGAGAUAUAUACUCACAAUUGCGAGUUAUACAGUCCAAUUCUGAGGGGGAAAAAGAAUUCUGUCUUUAUAACUUUAUAACUCCUUUACACUCCUCCCAGAUUUCCGCAUUUUUUUUCUCCUCGGGAUGAGAUUGUUUGUUAGCUUUUUACAGAUAUUCUGAAUCUGUGUAUGCAAUUGCUGAUCUAUUGUUUCAGUUGCACUUUAUAAUUUCCAUUCUUAUUUUUUAAUGGUUGUAUGAAGUGGGAAAAGACACUUAUGUUCAGGGUAGCACUGAGAAGAGUUGUGAAAACCAACUGUGAACAUAUGUGAAAACCACUUAUACAUAUAAUGUAUGGAUCUUAUUUCACCACAUAGUUGAGAAAGCAAGCAAUUAUUUUGCAUAAAGAAAAUGAAGCUUAUUUUAGGCUAAUGUUUGUUUGUUUGUUUGUUUUUUGGUCUUUUUUUACCAUAAUGAAAAUAAAUGUCUCAUUGUCAUUUAACCCUUGUGCGGUCUUCGGGGUCUUUUUGACCCGCAAAUGAUGUUUGCUCAAAUUAAAAAAAAAUUUCUCUUUGUCCAAAUGGCAUGAGACUUUGUACGGUGGUUAACACUUUUAAGAUCUACAAAUAAAAAAAAAAUUGGAGUGAUA